AUGCGGCUACACAAUGGUGAUGUGAUCUCCGGAGCUCGCAUUCGUGCUACUGGUAUACCUCCUCACGUGUCAAUACUGUGUGAGAUGAAGUGGCUGAAGAAUAGUUUGGUGGAUGCAUUGACAAAGAUUGAGGCCACUAGAAUUGAUACUGUCAGGGACAUUAUAUCUGAACUGGAGACUCGCGCUAUUGGUGUGGGCACGGUGACAUACGAUGGGCUCAAUGAAGCAAUUAAGUCGUGUCUAAAAGACUGUGGAGUUAGCGAUCUUGUAGACAAGCUGAGUACGCCUCAAGAGGAAGCAGCGGCGGCCAGUGAUGACAUAUUUGAACAAAACCCGACACAUUUCUGGGGGGGGGGGUUCCGACGAGUGGCGGCAGAUUUUGAGAUCCCGGAUUGCUCUGUUCGUCAUAUCUGGGUGUGUGGUAAUAAGUCUAAGAUGAUGCCACCGCUAUGUCGUGUCGAUGGUCGCGAUAUGCCAAACCGAAAGCAACAAAAACGUCUGAGUGAGCUGCGCUACUUAAUGACCAAGAUUGAAAACAAUGCAACAUCAAAGAAUCUGCUUCGAGGUGGUCAGUCGAUCGAAGAAACCAUUAAAGUCUUCUUAGACUGUGCUGAGAGCGUCUCAGUAGACGCAACUACCAAGCACUCACGUAAGCGCCGACGUGGACAGCUAAGCUGGUCGACUAUUGGGAAACUGCUACGAAAGAAACACAAAACUAGUUAG